UAUAAGGAAAUAUUGAAUUAACUCAGAGAAAUACAUCAGUCAUUUAAGAGACCUUAUUAACGAGAGGUUCAACUGAGAUCAUUAUUCGAGAUGAGCGACAGUAGAAAUUCUGAUAAAGAUAAUACCAAAAGUGCAUUUGUUGAAGAAUUCAAAGUUGCAGGAUGGGGAAUCAGACAUACACAAUGUGUGAUGCUUAUGAUUUCACUGACAAUCGCCUACAGCUUGAGAGCAUGUAUGGGAGUCGCUCUAGUUGGUAUGAUAGAAACCAAACCUAUACAGAAUACAACUAAAUUUAAUGUCAGUAUUGAUGCACAUAAUAUAGAUGAUGGGUUGAAUGUAAGAGGGUCCGAAUAUGAAGCUCAUGGAUUUUUAAAUGCGUUGAUGCUUACUCCACCGUAUCCUCAAUUCGAUUGGAGUAAAAAGAUCCAAGAUGUAGUAAUUUCUGCGUUCUUCUUCGGCUACAUGCUGCUUCAGAUCCCGAGUGGCCAGCUGUCUCAUCGGUUUGGCUCCAGAAGACUCAUAGCUGGUGCUAUGUUCAUCAAUUGUUUCGCUUCUAUCUUGUUCCCUACUGUUACAUUUUAUGGAGGAUGGAAGACUGCUGCUGCCUUCCGUAUGAUCCAAGGUCUGUCUCAAGCUUGCAUGAUGCCUGCCACUCACACUUUCUUAGGAAAAUGGACUCCUCUAGAAGAAAGAGGAAGGCUGAGUGGCAUGAUCUAUGGAGCUCAAGCCCUCGGCCCAGUGCUCGGCCUCCCUCUGACUGGCUUUAUAGCAGCGUCUCCCUUGGGCUGGCCUGGGAUCUUCCGAUUCUACGGAAUAUUGGCCGGGAUCUCUGGUGCCAUCAUCUGGUAUGUCUGCGCCGACAGCCCUGCGCAACACGUGAAGAUUUCUUUGACGGAGAGGAGUUACAUUGAAGAGGCCUUGAGGCAGAAAGGGAAUGUCACCAAACGUCUUCAAGUUCCUUGGAGGCGGCUUCUCUGUCACCGUGGCUUGUACGCCAUCAUUGUGGCCCACAUCGGCCAAACCUGGGGUCAACUGACGCUCUACUCAGAAGUUCCGGCGUUCAUGGCCAAAGUAAUGGGAGUUAACAUUAAGGCGAAUGGUAUGCUGACCGCUCUUCCAUUCCUGGUGAUGUACUUCACUAACUUCUUCUUCAGCUGGUUCUUUGAUAUGCUCAUCGUCAAGAAAUACCUCAGCGUCACUUGGUCAAGGAAACUAGCUAAUUCUAUUGGUUGUGUGGGAUCAUCAGUCGGUCUCAUUAUAUUGGCAUAUGCUCCUCAGGACAUCUAUGUUGUAGAAACUAUCAUGGUUAUCUUAUGUGGGUUCAAGAUUUCUGCACACUAUGGCUUUCUGCUGAAUCACAUCGAUAUCUCGCCCAACUUCGCCGGCACUAUGAUGAGUUUGAGUAAUUUCUGCUCAAAUUCCGUUGGCGUGUUGGCUCCUAUUGUCGCUGGCCUGAUUCUUACUGAUGUUACAAGCGUAUACUUAUGGAGAAAGGUAUUCUUCGUAUCCAGUGGUCUAUAUUUCUUCUCCAACGUCGUCUACUGCUUACUUGGUACUGCGGAACUGGCUGAUUGGAAUGAACCUGAACCGGAGAAGAAAGAUGAAGAAGCAGACGCCAUGAUCCGAAAUGAGGAGAAAAAUUAAAAAUUGAACGACAGUAAGGGCUAGUUGCACCAAACAACUUAGCGCUGAGGUUUAGACAAAAUGACGUUCUUUGCGUUAUGUCUCCCCUGCGUUUGGAUAGCGGUCAAUUGCUGCUUUGAAUUGCUAACUGAUUAUAAUUUUUUGUGAUAAUCACAGUGUCUUUCUCAUCUUUGGCAAAAUCAUCGUUUGGCUUUGGAAAAUUAAGAAGUGAAAUGAAACUUUCAUUUUGAAUGAAACCUCAAAGUUGACGGUGCAAUUCACGCUAAGCUUUGAGGAAAAAAUUCAAAGGCAGUUUUUCAAAUUUUAAAGAAACUCGUUAAAAAGUUGUCACUUGUUCAAAAAAAAUCUAAACGAAAGGAUGACGGAAUUUCAGCACAGUUGUUUACGGUAUUUCAAAAAUUCGGAAUUUCUCUUGAAAAUUUACAACAAAUAUUAUUUCGAUGUAAAUUUUGAAGAGAUUUUUAAGCACUUGCUCUUCCUAUAAAUUUUUAGGUAUAUUUAAAAAUGGAUCUGUGAGGGACGCUAGUGGAUAAUAAGUUUAAUUUAAUUGGUUCUUGUGUUUGGGGUGAUUGUUUAAGAUUAAAACUGUGUAAGAGAUGCUGUUAUUACAAAACAUUAUUAAUAAUUAACUUAUUCUUAAUUUUAUCCCUCUCACUCUAUAUUUCUGUUCCUAUUAUUUUUUACUUAUCAUUGAGUGUA